AUGAGCGAUCACCCCAAAGAAGGAUCGGAGAAAGAGGCGUCCAGUAUACAUAGUGAUGUUUCAUCUGCAGGAGAAAGAAAGGGGGCCAGUGGAUCUGGUCAAGAGGUCCGAAGAACUGAUGCCUCGAACACCAAGACGGCGACACCUACUGCUUGUGCUGCCGUCUUUUCCUCGCCCUGCAUGAUGACAGAGGCAAUGCUGCUGGGUCAAUACCACCAAGAUGUAGCACAGCAGGAUACCACACAAGAUACCAAGGAGUCAGCCUGA